GGCAGCUCAUGGCACAAUUGCAUGGGAGUGCAAAAACUGUUGUUUGCGAGGUAACACAAAAGUAGGUCAGUUAAAAUAAGCACCACCAAUUGACCCCUAGGGAAGUCGUAAAAAGGCCACUUUGACCUGGACUCAAACUUUCUUGCCGUUCCGUGGUUCAGCUUGACACGAUGGCGCAGAGACGCGUACUACACCGAGUCACCACUCCCUCCCCUUAUUAAGCUGGAGAGAUGAUGCUUCUGAUGGGAGCUGCAUCUUUAAAGGCCAGGUGGCUGGAUAAGGAAUCUGAUGGAGAGAUGCAGCAUGAUACAAGGGUCAUCACAGAUAGCCAGCUCCUAUCUGCUUCCCCAGGCAAGACUUAGAGCUUUGACUGUUGGUUUGUGGUUAAACUUGGCUUCAGCAUUCAGCUGACCAGCAGCAGAAGAGGCAACAACUAUACACACAUGAGAGCUGAGGCAGAGGGAAAAAUAUGAAAAAGAUAUAUAUUGGCAAAACUGCCCUGAAAACCCAGAGAAAUGGUUGCAAACAUCAGAAAAGAAGCUCUUUCCACGACCACAAGGAUGACCUCCGUAAGCGCCUGUCUUACACCACCCACAAACUAGAGAUGGUGGAAACAGAGUUCGAGUCGACUCGGCAGUAUCUCGAGACAGAGCUGCGCCGGGCCCAGGAGGAACUGGAGAAAUUUACAGAGAAACUACGCAGGAUCCAGAGUGGCUUUACAGCUCUUCAGAGGAUCAACCAGGAUUUGGAGGACAAGAUGCAAAGGACGUCCCAGCACCAUGAAGAGGAAAAGAGAGCCCUCAGCCGAGAGAUCAUCAUCCUCAACAACCACCUCAUGGAAGCCAAAAUCACCAUUAAUAAACUCAGAGAGGACAAUGACCUGUACAGGAAAGACUGCAACCUGGCAGCCCAGCUGCUGCAGUGCUCCAAGUCUCACUACAGAGCUCACAAGAUGUCUGAGCUGCCAUUUGAUUUUCAGGAACGCAUCAGUUCCCACAUGGAGAAAUAUAAUCGGGGGAGUGGAGCCACCAUGGCAAUGUGCCACUCUGACUACUCUGACACUGUGCCCACAUCCAUAAUUGCCAAGGUCCUAGAAAAGCCUGAACCAGGAAACAGUUGCCCUGUAACACGGUCACCCAGCCCACAGCCACAGGAUGGAGACUUUCUUGCAGGAACAGGAAGCACUGAUCACCUGAAUCGUCGAAUUGUGUACAAGACAUCUGAUCUGUACUGCAGUGACACAGCCCUCUAUUGCCCUGACCGGUGGCAAGAGACAGAGCGCAGGCAGAGUGUUGAUCUCCAAGGCACUGGUCUGCUUCAAUUCCAUGCCCAGAACUUCACUGACAGCAACCCAGAAGAAGAAGCCUACCACUCUGGAAGCUUCUCCCAUCAUGAGCCCCCAUCCUCCUGCCACCACCAAGAUGAGUUUGGCACUGGUAGCCUCCCUGCCUCCAGUUCUUACUCUAGCUUCAGCCUUGCAUCGGACGAGAAGGGAGGAAUCAGUGGUGGGUGUGGGCGCACUGCCAGCAGCACUUUGUCCUCUUCCCACCAGGGUCUCUAUAUGGACUGGCGAGAUGGUGGCAGUGGGGAUUUUGAGUGUAAAAGUAUGUCUUCAUAUAAUAAGGAAAGUCCAGGUUUCCCUAAGUCUCACAGCAUUCAGCACAUGGUGAUAUCCAGGAGCCCACAGAAGGGCACCUCACCAGAGUAUAGGAGGACGGCCUCAUGCUUCAGUGAACCAUACCAUUCCAGCAACCCUCGCUUAGCCUCUUCUCACAGCAUGGGUUCCGCAACUGGACUCGGCCAGGCUCGCGGUGGUGCUCUAGACAGCCAAGGUGAUGUCCAGGUUCACGAGGACGAGCUGAGCAGCCGCUGGAGGAAGCUUAGCGUGGAAGACAUCAACACCUUCUCAUCCUCCUACCGUAACAUCACAGGGAGGGUCUCUCCAUAUAGUUUCUCUGAGCGGCACUUCGGCAUGGGCUCCUCCAGCAAAGGUAAAGGGUCACUCUACAGCAGCUUCCAAGAGGGAGAUGACGUCUUCCACAGCCACGUGCUGGAUCAGUGUUUUGCUGGAGCUCCCCCUUCUCCCAGCCGUAGUCCCAAACCCACAGAGCAUCGUAAAGAGGAGAAAACCUCUGUGCUGUAUAGAGCCAAGGAUGACAGUCAGGACUCGGAGUGCAGUCUGUUCCUCUCAGGGAGCUCUAAAGACAAGGAGAGCAGUGGGGGAGCGACAGCAGCAGACAGCACCAAGAAGGACUACAUGAAUCUGAGUGCAGACAGCUCAGCUGAGUCCUUACACCAAAGCUCCCUUGAAGCCUCAAGUCUUCAGCACUACCCCAGCCCCAGGCCGAGCGUCCGGCCUCGCCCAAGCUCCAGCUCCGCUCUCAGUGUUGGCCCCGCACUUCCAAAGAAGACUUCUCCAAGAUACCAAAAAUUUGGCAGUACGGGACUGACAAGAAAGGACAGUCUGACCAAGGCACAGCUAUAUGGUACGCUGCUGAACUGAACAGAGAAAAGAGAGCUUUUAAUUUUAUGCAUGACAAUAAUGUACUGUACUGUACCGUAUGUCUCCCUACAGCAAACACACUUGCUGUGAUAGGUUAUUAGGAUGUUGUUGUUUUAUGUAUCUCUUAGCCAAGGCACGUUUCUGCAACACUUUUUCUAUUUUAUGUCAUGAUUUGGUGUAGCUACCUGACAUCAGUUAUUCAGUAUGUUUUUGUUUCACUGAUAAUAAUAAUUAGAGCCACUGGGAUAAAAGCUACAAAAUACAAGACAGACUCACGAACACACUGUGCUAGUUCUCUUAUUCUGAUGUUAAAUACUGUUAGUAAAAAAAGCAAAAGACCAUUAAUUCCUGCUCCAAUAUAUUUAGUUCAGAUAAUGGCCUAAAGCGUGUGUAAUGGAGUGACUUAAUUACUCAUGUUCAGGAGAGGUUAUCCGUUAUGUAUUAGUGGAUCCUGCUUGAGUGCGAGCUGUUAAAAAGAUUUACCCAUUCUCUGUUUUCUCUUAAAGAAAAUGCAUGCUGUACAAUGCAUAUAAAUAUGAUGUGAACACAUUUCCAGCUGAACUAUUACCCAUAUCUGUAAGAACCACUUACUGGAACAGAUGUUUAUUAAAUAUUUUCAAAUUGGCUGCAAAAAAAGAUAUUUUUAAAAAGUAUGUUAUCCCACAUAAUAUUCAUAACAACACAGUUUAUAGGUUUUCUUCCAAAUACUAGCUUUUACAUUUGUUAAUUAAAACUUAAAAACCCCUGAUUUUGUUCUAAAUACAGGAUAUACAAGCCUAUAAAGUAAUUAUAGUAGGUUUUCAGGUGAAAUGUACAAAUAAAAUAGUGUGCACAUUCAGUAGAAAGGAUUAAGCAACUUAAUCUGUUAUUACAGUAUGAAAAUUCAGAUCUGAGCUAGAAGAUUUUUAGCAUUACUUAGAUGUAAUUUUUAUUAUUUUUAUAUCGAUAUGAAAUUAGAGGCUGUGUUAACAUUAUACCUGGACACUUGUGAUUUUGCCUUAAUCCUGUUCAAAGGACAGAAUAGUAUCCUUUAAAGCAUUUAAAAACUGUGUACAUACUGCACUGUAUAUCUAAUGUAUUGUUACUGUAUGUAUACACUACUGUUACAGUGUCUGUGCUUCCUGUCAGACACACACUUGGCCAGUUUUCUAGAGGAGGAUCAAGUUUGUUUUUGUACUGGAGGUUUUUUUUGCAGUGGAUAUAUCCAGUGAAAUGUGUUUUUAACUGAAAUGAGGCUUAAUCCCUGUCUAGAAAUUCAGUGCACGCAGCCAACUUUCUACCCUGACUCACUGUUGGCACCUAGUUGUACAAACCAAAACAAAAGUGCCAGUUCUUCUGGCUUUCAGGAGAGAUUAAUUGGGAAAUUCUCCAGGCAGCCUGGCAGUUCUGCAUUGUAUGCACAAAAAGGUAGCUAGCAAAGUGAACUCAUCAAGUAGUAAUACACAAAACUGAUUUAUGACAAAACUGUAUAGUCAGUGUCUUGGUUUAAACCAGCAUGCUCAACUAGGCUAUUUUAGAGGGAAAAAACAAUGAAAAUAGAUGAAACAUGUAUAUACACAUACACAGAAAGUGGCAAAGACAUGCUGUCCUGUUGGUUAAUCAAACACUUUAUGUUAAAUAAAACAUAGAACAAGCUGCCACUAGCUACUAGUACUAGUAUAAAUGAGAACAAAUCUAGUGUUCUAACGUCUGUGCACCCUUUUGGCAUGAUGGAUCAUGAAGGAUUUCUUCCUUCCUAUGUAGUUCUAUAGAUCUGAGAGGAAUGGUGACAGGGAUAAGCCAAAUAAUGGGAACUCUUCUUUACCCCUAAGCAGUUAGGACAGAAUUUAAUUUUGUUUUUUUUUUUGUUUUUGGUUCUUGGAAGGCCUGCUUCUACCUCUCCCAUUCCUGCAGAUCUGAGAACUGGCUUAAGGCUGUUCAUAGAGAUUUCAAAACUGCACCUCUUCUUUUUGAGCUUGUCAUGUUUGUGAAGGUGAAAUUACACUGCACAGGUCACAAAAAGUCUCCACUCAUUCUUAGUGGUAUGCUGUAUGGAUAUCUAAAGGAGUGCAAAGGCUUGGAAUUAAAUGUAACCACUGUACAGGGGGGAAGGAGAAGGUAUAUGGUAUUUUUCUUGUGGACAUAUAGAUACUGCAUACACAACUGUUAAUACACUAUGACUAUUUUUUAUCCAGUUUUCAGUUAUAUUUAUUGAAUAUUUUGAUCCUGAAUGAAGUGGCUGAAGCAGUUCUGUCCUGUCCUACCUCCAGCCCUGUUCCAUGAGCAACAGGCCAGCUGUCUGAACAUCAAUAUGUUUGUCUGUCCGUCUGAUGCAUGAUUAUAUAUUUUUGCUGUAUGUUUUAUUUAAUAAAGAUGGGUGUUGGAAAAUA